UCGAUCCUCGCCUCUCCUUUCCCAUUCCCUUACAAUUCCUAUUCCUAGACACGGCAGCGUUUGUCUUUGCAUAACUCGAUCUGUCGCAUAUAUCCUCGCGUCCAUUAUUUAACCAGUGAUCAUAUAUAUACAGAGAGAUUUUUUUUUCUCAAAGGAUAUUAGUCAUAAGAGCUAGCUAGCUACAGCUAAUUAAUCAAGUUAGGGAAUUAAGAUGAAGGUGGUCUUUGCAUGUUUCUUGCUCUUCUUCCUCAUCCUCACUUUCUCCUCUUUCCUUCAUGUCACACAGGCUGGCUCAGAGUUCUGUGACACGAAGUGCGAGGAGAGGUGCUCGAAGGCAGGCGUGAAGGACAGGUGCUUGAAGUACUGCGGGAUAUGCUGCGAGGAGUGCCACUGCGUUCCCUCGGGGACUUACGGCCACAAGGACGAGUGCCCUUGCUACCGUGACAAGAAAAACUCUAAGGGCAAGCCCAAGUGCCCUUAAUUAAUACUCCCCCAUCUCUCUCUCUCUCUCACUCUCUUUAUAUAUAUAUAUAUAUAUAUAACUAGCUAGCUGCGUUAAUAUGCAUGGUCUUUUACUAUCAUAUCUGUGUAUAUAAUAUAUAUUUAUAUGAGAGAGAGAGAGAGAGAGAGAGAGAGAGAGAGAGAGAGAGAGAGAGAAGAGUACUGUGAUGAAUCGAUCAUUAUCUGGCCAUCCUCCUGCAGGGGACAUAUGAUUAGCAUUAAUGCUGUGUAUUUCUUUAUUUAUUACUUCUUAAUAAAUUACCUCUCUCUGUCUCUC